CCCAAUUCGCCAGAGCGCGCAGCAAACAACAAAACACACGGUGCUCAAAACCGCGGUACAGAGUGUCGUAAAAAACGUUAUCCCUCGACUUUCGCCAAGUAACUCCGUCAUGUGGCCCGAAAUAAAGGCAGACGGUCGAAAGCCGCGUUCAACGCGAAAAUCCGAGGAUUUUAAGCCAACUCCAGUGGCCCGAUUGUUUAGUGGUCCCCUUAAACGGGCUACAUGCCAAACAGAGGGACCUCUAAAUAUUAGGCGAAGAGGACGGCACAAGCGGACAUCGAUAAACGAGCGGCCCAAAGCAACGCUGCAAAAUGUUUGUAAACAGCUGACCGCGCCGCCAGGUGGCGCUGCCGGAGCAGGCAUUGCCAGACGCAAGAAAUCCACCAAAUGCUGCCCUGCAUUGUGAACGCCAUUUUUAUUGCAAGAAAGAAAGCCCGAAUUUUCAAGCAAAAACGCGAGUAAUUAGCGUGUAAAUCCUGCGAAAAGCCAGCGCGAAUAUGAUUUAAUCGGCGACCAAUAGUUUCCGUGUGCGAGCACAGCGAGCGGCGCUCAAAGUUGCCCUUUUUGGAAAGUCGAAGGAGGUGUGUGUGUGUGGAAACGACCGAGAAAAUGAGGCACCAGAAAUGCCCCCUAAUUGUAUAAUAAAUUUGCCCAAAAAGGUUAAAAAUGCAGCGAAAUUCCCCAGCACUUUGUUUAUUCGUGGGCCAACUGCAUAAACUUUAGUUUUCUACCCAGGAUUGGCUGCAUCUUUGGCUGCCCAAGUGCGUUCUUGUGUGUGUGUUUGGGGUCUGCGAAAAUGUCUCGGAAGUGAGACGCCUGCAAAGGGGCAAAAAAUCGGUAUUGUUUAAUGUGUUUUAGAUGGCAUAAAUACGUGUCAGGUGCCCAAAAAUGGAGCAGUACAUAGUGCCCCUGGAAGAGCCCGUCUACUCGGAUUUGCAGGUAGUGCAAGUGCCCCAAGAUGAGGUGGGGUCCCUGGUGCUUCAGGAUGACCAGCAGUUGGUGUUCAACGAGCAGCAGCAAGUGGUCUACCAGACGGCAGCUCCUGCGCAGUAUCAGCAGCCCCAGCAGUCGGCUGCACCCACUUACCACAUAAUCGGAGGCGACGAGCUCGCCCAGCACCAGCAGCAACACCAGCAACAGCAGCAGCAACAACAGCAGCAGCAACAACAGCAGCAGCAACAGCAAGUUGUGAUGCAUCACCAGCAGCACCAAGUGCAGCAGGUUCACUACCAGCAGCAGCAACAGGAUGCCCAGCAGCAACAGCAGCAGCAAUUGCACCUGGAGCAACAGCAGCAGCAGCAGUAUGUCCAGCACCAGCAGCAGCAACCCGCCAUCCAGCACACACAGCAGAUUUACUACACCUCCGAGCAGGUGCUGCAACCAAAUGCCAUCGUACAGCACAUGCAGCAGCAGAAAAAGCAGCAGCAAGUGCUGCAGCAGCAACAACAACAGCAGCAGCAGCAGUACCAGCAACAUGCCCCCACCUACCAAGUGCAGGCUUCACCCCAGGGGCAGCCCCAGUUGCUUCAGAGCCCCCAGCAGCAGCAUCAGCAGCAAGCGCAGCAGCCGCAAACGCUGCAGCUGCAGACAUCGGCACCCCAGCAGCAGCCACAGCAGCACCAGCAGAUCGUCUACCGCAUGACCACCACGCCGCAGCAACAAAGACCCUUGGGGAUGCUCAACAAUACCCACGUGAUCGUUCAGCAACAACCAGUAUUGAUCCAAGCGCCGCAGCACCAGGAGCUAAUUAUGCGCCAGGCAGCCAUCCAUCCGUACAACAAUCGCGUCGUCUAUGCCACCUCGCCGCAACAGCAGCAGCAGCAACAGCACGUCAUCCAGCAACACGUACAGCAGCAGCAAGUGCAGCAGCAACAAGUCCAGCAGCAACAGCAGAUGCAACUGCAGGCCACGGCCCAGACAGCCCAUUUGGUCCAGGCCCGUGUGGUUCCCCAGCAAACGCAGAACGUUGUCUACCAGCAGCUGCAGGUGCAAAAGGUACAACCGCAGCAGCAACAGCAGCAGCCACAGGCGCCUCAGCAGCAGCAGCAGCCACAGUUGGUGGCUCAACAGCAGCCACAGCUGGUGACCACCUCUUCGCCUGGAGGCACGCAGCUUGUGAGGACUUCCUUCAGAAAAUCCGCUCGAGGAGGUGCUGUCUUGACCCGACCAGGAACGCUUAUCACCACCAGGCCCACACUCGCGCCUACGACCAUUGUGCGGCAAGUUCGGCCGCGAGGAGGAGCUGUGGGAGCUGCAGUGCCCGGCGGACUGGUUAGGAACAUGCGCCCUGCUGGCGUACGACCCACUCGAGCUCAAUUGGUGGUCCAGACCAGUGCCGGCGGCGACGGUCAGACCAUGCAAAUAGUGACACCAGCCCAAAUGAAGCACAUCACCAUUAGCACGAAUCUCGGCCAGCCGCAGCAGCAGCCACAACAACAGCAGCAGCUGCAGCAGCAGCCGCGACACAUCUAUCGCACACACAUGGUCACCGACGGAAGCCCUCAGCAGCAGCAGCAGCAACAACCACAGCAACCGCAGCAGCACCAGCACAUGCUAAUGAUGCGGCAUGGUCCUAUUCGCUACAGAGCUCCUGUGACCCUGACUUCUGCAGUUUCGGCGCCGGUUCCGGCCCCUGCUCCUGCUCCCGCCGGUGCAGUGGUUCAGUCAAGUAACAUAGGCAUGGACUUGGAAGAGAGGAUUCAGGCAGCGGUGGUGAAGAAAGAUCCGCAGAAACCGCCGCCAGCUGCACAGCCGGUGGCCCAGAACCAAAUGCAACCCAUGCAGAUAGGAGCGGGCACCACGCUGACCACCUACUAUCCCGGGGGCACUGCCUCGCAAGAGGAGGAGAACCAACAGCAGCAGCAGCAGCAGCAAGUGGUGCAGAGCCAGGCACAAGGCAUCCGUCCGGCCAGUGGAGCCAGCAUGACUUUGGCGGAGUACAAGAAGAGGCAAACGCUGUCGGCCUCGCCAGCUCCUGUUCCGCCACCAAAUCCCGGCCUGGCACCCAUAAGAGCCACAACUCCUGGAACACUGGUUCGUCCGACGGCCAAGAUAACACCCUCUCAACCUACUGGACCCUUGCCCACUGGCACGAGGAUCACGCAACCGCAAAGACCAAUUCCAGCGGCUGUGGUGGCUCCGCUUCCUGCGCCGGCCGCCGUUACCCAGGGGUCAUCCGUGAUGAAGACAUCGCACAACAACUACGAGAUUCACUCGCAACACGUACUGAACAACCGAGCCGGCCAGGAGAUAGCCGAACGCGACAAGAAUAGUGCCAAGAUGCUGGUGAUUCUGGCCAGCGGCGAGCAACGUCUGAUUACAUUUACGCUUCCACGUGAGUCCUGCACGGUGCAGGAUCUGCUCGAACAGGUCGGCGUCCCAUUUGACCACAACACCACCAUCCAGUGCGUCGAGCAUCGCGGUGCCAAUGUGGACUUUGUGGUCACCGUGGGCUUCACUGUGCACGAAUCGGCCAGCGAGUUGAUUUCCCGGGCGGAGGAGAGUUUGCAGAUGAACCGCUCGCAGGAGAAUCAGGCGCCGGUGGCUGGAGCAGCUGCCAACACCAAUCCUGCCACCCCGAGUGCCUCGCCGGCCUACGCCCAAGCGAGUGCCGCUGCCGAGCAGGCGAAACGCGAAGCGGCCAGUUCGGCCAGUGGAAACACUUCCGCUGGGGCAGUCUCAUCGGCCGGCUCUGCUGGAUCUGCUCCCUCGGAGGGCAGGAAGCUGAUCGAUGGCUUUCUGGCCGUCUGCCAGCUGUGCGGCUUCACUGGCAUGGAUCACGCCCGCUGCGAGCGGUGCAAACGAGUCUUUCCGGAGCCGCCCAAGCGCAAAUCCUACAUGCCCAAGAACAGCGCUGCCUCCUCGCCAGCUUCGUCAUCCUCCAGCGAGGCUGUGACUGCAGCUACGUCGGCGGCGGAGAAGAAACGAGAAUUGGCAGCAGCUCGCUUCAGCAAACAGCUGGCCGGAGUGGCCUACUCGGCCACGGGAGUCGGAGUGGGAGCACGGGGUCGCGGACCCAUGGCCAUGAGGGGCGGAAGAGCCCGAGGUGGCAGGCGGGUGGCCGAAGUGGAUCCCGUCGUGCUGCUGAGCAGUGAAGAUGAAGCCGAUGAGGGCGAGGGCAACGCGGACACUGGAAAUCAACCCUCAAACAAUUCGAAAUUGAACUCCAACGGCAAUCUCCAUGAACUGCCCGCCGCUUUUGCCUGCGAACCCAAUCUACCGGAGAUCGAUGAGGAACCUUUAUAUAAAGAUUUUACCCGCGGCGAUGUUACGGAUCUGACGGACGUCGCCGAAACGGAGCAGUUCUCCGUGUCCCUGCGGUGCAGCUGCGUGCGCCUGGUGCCCUACAGAUUCGAGAUUACGGAGCCGGUGUGCUUCACCUCGAAGGGCGUCCGCAUCUCGGGCGUGCUGCAGGACAAGGACGAGAAGUUCGAGCUGCACAUCCACAAGCAGGAGGUGAUCAAGGUCAUAGCCCACUUCGGCAACGUGGAGCCCGCCCAGCCGCUGGUCACGCUUUACCUCCUCAAGACCUGCGCCGAAUACGUCAAGACCCAGCUGAAGCUGCCCGACGAUCAGCCCCACGAUCAAGUGGGCUUCAAGACGCACAGCUUCCACACGCGCCGCCUGAUCCUGCUCUUCGACAGCGUCACCAUGUCAGCCCGCGGCAUUAUCAAGUCAAUGUUCAGCUGCGUGGACGAGAUAUCCUCCACAGAUGCCGCCGAGAUUCUAGAGAGGAUCGCGGACUCCGACCGCAAGACGCAGGACAAGAGCUCGCAGCCGCCGCCCCGCCAGCUGAGAGCAGACGAGCAGGUCAGCCUGCUGAUGUACCCGCCCAAGGGAACCGGCAGCCUGUGCAUCCGCAUGGAGGACUACGUGUGCCUCACCAAGGAGUCCUACCUCAACGACAUCAUCAUCGACUUCUACCUGCUCUGGCUGAGGAACACGCUGAUUCCGGAGCCGCAACGCGAACGCACGCACAUAUUCAGCACCUUUUUCUACAAGAGGCUGACUACACUAACGCGCCCGGCGGACAUGAAGCAGACGGCAGCACAGAAGCGCCACGCCAGGGUGCAGAAAUGGACCAAGGUGGUGGACAUAUUCGAUAAGGACUUUAUCAUAGUGCCCAUCAACGAGCAGUCGCAUUGGUUCCUGGCCAUCAUCUGCUUCCCCAACCUGAAGGGUCCCGUGACGUUCGACACGAAUCAGCCGGUGGAGCCGCAGCACUUGAAGCGGGCCAGGGGCAAGAAGGUGUCGCUGCAGAUUGGCAACACUACCAUCACCCCGCUCACAAAGCGGGGGGAGGGCGGACAACUCCCAGCCGCUCUGACGGCGGAUAACGUUUGCCGGAUAGCAGACGAUGAGAGCGAAAGGGAUGAGGCGGAGGGCGAUGACAGCGACAUGGCCUCGGAGGACAGCGAAAACUCGAACUCGGCCAAGGAACCAGCCGCCACGCCAACAUCCACCACCACUCCCAGCAACCCCAGUCAGUCAAACUCCAAUUCGCAGUCCACGCCCAGCGGCCCAGCGCGGAACAUUGCCUCCGAUGAUGUUCCAGCCGUCAAGCAGCCCCUGAUCCUCAUCUUUGAUUCCCUGGCAGGCGCUUCGCGCAGUCGCGUGGUGGCCACAUUGCGAGACUAUCUCACCUGCGAGUACCGGGUGAAGAAGCCGGAUGCGCAGGCGCACGUCUUCAACAAGGACAACAUGCCGGGCCACUGCGUCAAGGUGCCGCAGCAGAACAACUUCACCGACUGCGGCCUGUAUUUGCUCCAGUAUGUGGAGCAGUUCUUCAGCGAGCCCAUCAGAGACUACAGGCUGCCCAUCAAGCAGCUGACCAACUGGUUCGACUUCCUCACCGUGACGAAAAAGCGCGAGGAUAUCGCCAAUCUGAUCCAGCAGCUAAUGGACGAGGGCAACCAGCAGCAAAGGCAUAUUCUGCCAGUGAUUGAAUUCCCCACGCUGAACGGGCAGUUGGUGGAGUAUCCGGAAGACACGGAGAGUGCGGAGUUUGAGGAGGAGGAGGGCCACGACGACGAUGACCCCAACAGCGAAUUGCAUGAUGAUAACAACACCGGCACCGACAUGGAGGUGGAUCCCGUCAACGAGGAGCCAGCGCAGGGAGGCAAACCCGCCGCUGUGGCCACUGUGACCACGACGGCGACGGCCACGACUGGCAAGAGGUUCGUGCUGAAACGACGCCUGCAAAAUGGAUCCGUGUCGAGUCCCAGCAAUGGCAACGGCGAGGCCAGCAGCAAUGGGGGCAUCCUGAUGCCCCAGCUGGUGAGCACGGCGGCCGGAUCGGCAGGCGUUUCGCCCGGAGUCGCCCACCUGGCGCCGCGUGGCCCCAGCGGAGGCCUGAAGAUUCGCAAGAUCGAGCCGUAGCACCAGCAGAUCCUCGCCCUGCGAGCCCGCGACCCAGAUGCGCAUACGCCCCACCUGCCUGCGCUGCUCCAGCUGCCACAGCUGCGGCACCACCUGUAAAUACGUCAUUACAUUUACAUCGGUUAUUAAUUCUGUGUAUCUAAACAUUUGCCCCUAAAACCUAAUGAAACUAUUACGCUAAACUACGAUUUAAAAUAAAGACUACAAUACUAUGUAUGAAAUACAA